AUGGCCAUUGAAUGGGUUCCUGAAGAGAGGAUUACACUUUUCACCUCUGAUGGGCUAAUUCAGAUUGGUGGCAAUAUGGUUCCUCGCCGCAUCAAAUCAUCGGAUAAGAAACAUGGGAGAUCCAAAUCACCUGAAAAACUUCAAAAGUUUCAAGAAAGUGCCUACAUGGAUCCUGACCAAGGACUAUGCCUUGGAGCUCUUUUCGACAUUGCAGCUACAAACGGACUGGAUAUGGGAAGAAGACUUUGUAUCUUUGGAUUCUGCCGUUCCGUUGAAAUGCUUAGUGAUGUUGUUGAAGACACCGUCUUAGAACAUGGUGGAGAGGUUGUUGCAACAGAGACAGAGAGCAAAGGCGGUUUACAAGAGAAGCUAACGAUGACAGUGGCGGUUCCAUAUCUUUGGGGCGUACCUCCGGCUGCGGAAAGGCUUCACCUUGCGGUUCGUACGGGUGGAGGCAUCGUAGACAAAGUCUAUUGGCAAUGGCAUUUCUUGUGA